GCUGCCCCGAUUAUCACGCUUGAACGCGCAUUGCUGCCAAACGGAUAAGAGCGGCGCGCCAUGGGCUGCAGCACCUCCCGAAUCAGCCCGGACCUCCCGGCGGCCAACAACUGGAAACAAUGGCCGGCGGGCUCUUACCCGACGCGCUUCGUCGAGCUUGCGUCGCCGGAGGACGCGGACGACACGGCGGGCAACGGCUUCCUUUUUGUGGAGUCGUGCGCCUACAAUAAAAUAUUUGACGCCGAUAAUUUCUACGUGCCCGUGCAGCACACCGACAGCUCGUGCCACAUCUACAAGGUGAGCGUAUCGGACGGGUCUAAGAAGGCGGAGCGCGUCCAUCAGGUCGUCAAAAAGUCGGACGGCGAGAAGAUGAUCUCGCCGUUCGGCAGCGCGCUCUCCGACGAGGGCGUGCUGUGGCUGUGCUGCUUCAACGAGAACAUGGUGUGUGGCGUCGAUCUGCGCUCGGGCGAGAUGGUCGUGGAGGCCACCGUACCGGCGCCGAAUGACAUCUGCGUGAGCGACGACGGCAAGUACGUCUACGCUGGCUGCGGGUCGUGGCUGGGCAAGGUCCCUCUCGCGCCGGCGGGCACGAUCUGGCGCGUGACGACGGCGGCGCCAUACACGUGCAAGAAGGUGGUCGGCGGGGCGCAGGGCGCGAUGGCUGGGAUCGCAGAGGUCAAGGGCAAGCUCUUCUGCGCGCACUUGCAGCGGAUGAGCGUGUACGGCGCCAAGCGCAAAAUAUACACGCUGUCGGGGCUGAGGAAGCAGAUCUGGACCGGAUUGUGCAGCCAAGACGCGGAUCCGGAGAAGGUGGAUAAGUUCUACCUCGCCGACAACCUGGCCUGGUGGGACGCGGAGAGGCCCCGCAAGGUGAUCCUGACGCCGGCCUACCGCUCCCUGCCUGCGCCGCUCGGCCAUAUCUUGGACAGGUCGAUCGGGGUGAACGCCGUCGGCUGGUCGGCGGCGCGCGCGGCGACGACGCUAUUGCGCCUGAAGGACGGUGGCAUCGAGGAGGUCGCAAAGGUGAACGACGACGGCCUGAGCCCGGAAGUCGACCUAAAAUUUUCCAAAGGCGACGACUUCCCCCACGUCCAUCUCUGCCUGUACAACACCGAAACGGGCGCCACCGCGAACCAUGUCUUCCUCCUCGACCAGGCGGUGCAAGGGGCCAACUUUGACGGCCACGUGACGCACGCGGAGCACGUCGGCGACGGCAAGGUCGCGUGCGUCAACUUCCUGAAGCGGAAGGUGCUCAUCAUCGACACGAAGGGCCUCAUCACGCUGCCGUGAGUACUGUGUGUGGUGUGCGUAUGUUGCUCGGCGACGCAUACCUCCCGACCAAUAUCUACUCCUUUGUUUUUGGAGACGUUAUCCUCGUGAAGAAGAAGAAAUAAUCACUA